AUGAACACCAUCCUCCAACUAAACCCUUUCCAAGACUUCCACUUCAGCUUCACCACUGCCCUCGCUGGUGUACCCAUUAUUUUCAUCUUGGUUCAUGUCUUUCCGUACCUCGCAGAUCCGUUCAAACAGCGCGCCAUCCCAGGUCCUUUACUUGCCAAGUUUUCCGAUGCCUGGUUAGGCUGGGUGAGCAGCCAAGGCCAUCGUUCUGAGGUGGUACAUAAAAUGCACCUGAAAUACGGAACUUUUGUUCGCAUCGCGCCAAACCACGUCUCCGUUGCGGACCCUGACGCCCUUCAGGUCGUAUACGCUCAUGGGAAUGGCAGCCUCAAAGCUAACUUCUACGACGCCUUUGUCUCCAUUCAACGCGGUCUCUUCAACACCCGGAACCGUAACGAGCAUGCACGCAAGCGCAAGAUUGUUUCCCACAUCUUCUCACAGAAAAACGUCUUGGAAUUCGAACCAAACGUCCGCUUAUACGUCGGUCAGCUGAUUUCACAGUGGGACCGCCUCUACGAUUCUGCUGCCAAAGGUGCAUCUGGUACAGAAGGCGAAGGUGGUUGGUUUGGCAAGGAUGGUCGCCUAUGGCUCGAUUCUCUCCCUUGGUACAAUUAUUUGGCAUUUGACAUCAUUGGUGACCUAGCUUUUGGGUCUCCUUUCGGAAUGAUACUCAAUGCAAAAGACUCGGCCCCUGUUGCUGUCUCGCAAAAAGAUGCCAUGAAAUCCUAUGGCUCUGAAUCGACUUAUGAAGUUAUUGAGAUCCCUGCUGUACAAAUUCUCAACGAUCGAGGUGAAUUUUCUGCUUCCAUGGGAGUACUUCCUCCGCAUUGGAGGCCUCUUGUUCGAUUACUGCCAUGGUAUCGCAAAGGAGGCAAGGCUGUGAAGAAUCUCGCUGGACUUGCUGUAGCUGCUGUGGCAAAACGCCUAACGACUCCAACGGACAGAGUGGAUCUGUUAAGCAAAUUACAGGAAGGAAGAGAUGACGAAGGUAAGCUUAUGGGUCGAGAAGAGUUGACCGCCGAGGCUUUGACUCAGCUCAUUGCGGGUUCCGACACUACUUCCAACUCGUCUUGUGCCAUUACAUACUACCUUGCGCAAAACCCUGAUGCGCAAGAGAAACUGCAAAAGGAAUUAGACGAAGCAUUAGGCGACGACGAUCAUCCAGUUUCAACAUUCGAACAAGUCAAGCGGCUUCCUUACCUGGAAGCUGUCAUCAACGAGGCUUUGCGUGUUCAUUCCACAUCGUCCAUAGGUCUCCCCCGCAUCGUUCCAGAAGGUGGAUUAAUCGUUCAGGGUCAACAUUUCCCCCAGGGCGCGGUUCUCAGCGUCCCAAGCUACACGAUUCACCGGGACACCACUGUUUGGGGUGCGGAUCCUGAUCAAUUCAGGCCUGAGAGGUGGUUCGAAUGUGAUCACGCUGCAAUCCAGAAGACGUUCAACCCAUUCUCAUUUGGGCCAAGAGCGUGCGUUGGUCGCAACCUUGCCUCUAUGGAGUUAUUGAUUAUCAUUUCUUCCAUCCUUCGUCGCUACCAUUUCGUACUUGCUGAUCCCGAAAAACCGUUUGAUACUCGGGAGGGAUUCCUGAGAAAGCCACAAGAGUGCCGGGUGGGAAUCAAACGUAGACAAACCUAGCUUUUAUUGUGGCUCUUAUCAGAUGGAUAUAUCCGUGGGCUUUCCCUAUGUGAAGUUUUGCCGAUACAAUAUGCGUCAUAUCAACGUUGUUACAUUGUUAUCUUGUGUAUCUACUCCCUUCCAUUCAAUGUCAGAAGUACGAGAGUCGGGGUUUCUACCCUUACAUUCUCCACAUGAUACUAAGUGCGUUUAUCCAU